AUGAUCUCCCGAUCGAUCAGAGCGCCUCCGUCCCUGAUCCUUUUGCUCGCCUUGUGCUUCUUUCUCGGCUAUCAAUUCAGCCGCAGCCCUUUCGUGCCGACCACUGCUCUGUGUGCAUCCCCUUCCGACUCGACCUCGAUAGCAGAGCCGGGUCGCGCAAAUGGCCCGCGUAUAGCUAUCGUGACAUUCGUGACAAGCGAAUACUCCUAUAUGUACACCUCGCUCAAAGGCAAAAAUUAUGCGCGCCGGCAAGGAUACGACUUGGUCAUUGACUAUGAAGAACACGCCAAGCGCGGCACUAUGUGGUGGAAAUUCGAGAUGAUAACACGGCUCAUCAAAACCAACAAGUACGACUGGCUAUGGUGGUUAGAUUUUGACACUCUGAUUACCAAUACGGACAUCAAAUUGACCGACAUAAUCCAAGAAACUCUGGCCAACGUGACGAAUCCGGACGAGAUUGACUACCUCCUCACGCACGACUGCAACGGCCUGAAUAUGGGCUCGUUUGUCGUGCGUGCGCAUGAACGAUCAACCAAGGUUUUCAGGGACGCAGCGGCUAUCGAAGGUCGCCACAGGGAGAAAGGCGAGCAGUUCAGCGAGCAAGAUUCCAUGGUGACAUUGCUCAAGGACGAUGCGGCCACCAGUCAAAGGACAAUACAGGUUCCCCAGUGGAAGCUCAAUGCGUUUCCCGAGGAGAUCUCGUGUUUCGACGAGUCGGAUCGAGUUUGGGAGCCUGGGAUGUUUGUGCUGCAUUUUGCAGGCGCCUGGGCCCAUGUGGAAGGUCCGGAUCCGACAGGAAAGUUGAUGAAGAAGUACGAGGGCGAGGUUAUAUUUGGAGAUUGGGAAGACAUGUAUGAGCUCACGAUUUGA